AUGGCGCCAGGAGGUAAAAACGCAGGCAAGAUCAUGGAAAUAUCCGACAAGAAGCGCAAGCCCAAGAGGAAAGAAUCAUACAAUAUGUACGUCUACAAAGUGUUGAAACAAGUCCACCCCGAAUUGAGUAUGUACACCAAGGCCAUGAACAUCACGAACAGCUUCGUUACCGAUAUUUUCGAACGCAUCGCCACCGAAGCUAAGCGUCUGACACACUACAACAAGCGUUCGACCAUCACCAGCCGGGCGACCCAGACCGCUGCCCGUCUCCUGUUGCCUGGCGAAUUAGCCAAGCACGCUGUCAAUGAAGGCACCAUUAUUAAACUCCUAUGGGGUUAUAGAUAUGAAUUCUGA